AUGCUCCACUACCGCACGCAAGGAUUCAACGGCUGCGCCGUCAAGUACUCCCCUUUCUUCGACAAUAGGCUAGCUGUUGCAAGCUCGUCAAAUUUCGGCCUUGUUGGAAAUGGUCGCCUACACAUCCUGGAGUUGACCGCUAAUGGUAUUCAACCUGUUAAAUGGUUCACAACACAAGACUCACUCUACGACCUCGCAUGGUCCGAACUUCACGAGAACCAAGUUCUUGCCGCCUCAGGUGACGGCAGCAUCAAACUCUUCGACUGCACAGCGAACGACUUCCCCAUCCAAAACUGGAAAGAGCACGCACGCGAGGUCUUCAGCGUAAACUGGAACCCCGUCGCAAAAGACCGCUUCUGCUCAAGUAGUUGGGAUGGCACAGUCCGCGUCUGGUCGCCUCAUCGCCCACAAUCUCUCCUCACCCUCCCAACCCAUAGCUGCACAUACUCCGCAUCCUUCUGCCCACACAAUCCAGAUCUCAUUUCUUGCGUGACUUCAGACUCAUAUGUGCGCGUCUUCGAUCUCCGCACCCCGGCCUCCGCUUCAAACCACCUCGUCACCCAAAUACCUAUCCAUGCGGCACCACACGCUCCCGCUAUUCCCGGCCAGCCUGGUGGUCCGGCCCCGCCUGCCGAGGCACUCACCCAUGACUGGAAUAAGUACCGCCCUACGGUCCUUGCAACGGCCGGUGUUGACCGUGCCAUUCGCACAUUUGAUAUCCGGGCGCCGCAACAAGGGCCUCUAUGUACUAUGCUCGGGCAUGAAUAUGCUGUCAGGAAACUAGCGUGGUCACCCCAUCUUUCUAAUGUUCUAUUGAGUGCUAGUUAUGAUAUGACUUGUCGCGUGUGGAAUGACCGCUCAGACACAAACCCGGCGGGCGAUUUGGAUAUGAUGCGCGCUGGCCCGGGUGGUCCUUUGGUUGGUGCGGAAUUGGGGCGAAUGGGUAGACAUACUGAAUUUGUGACUGGUGUGGACUGGUGUCUGUUUGGAAAUGAGGGUUGGUGUGCUAGUGUGGGCUGGGAUGAGAGUGUAUAUGUUUGGGAUGUGCGGGCUGCAAUGACAUGA